AUCGGGUGUGAUGCAGAAUUUCCACAAUGCAAUUGGUGUAAGCACCAUAACCUCGCGUGCACGUACAAUCGAAUAGCAGGACGAAUCAAAUCACGCUUCCAACUAACCAAUCAAAUCAGGAACCACAUAGACUUGUCUUCUUUCAGUAACGUUGCUCAGUCAGAAUCAAGAGGCUCCAAGUCAUUUCUCUCUAACACUGGUUCCUUGACAUUUUUCAGUGGCAUCCAUUUACUUUCUGAUGAAGGCAUUGAAUGGAUUGAACACCAAGUUGGAGAUAAGGUUAACUGUGCCAAGCUAAACGCGCUGGAGCUUCCAUGGACAUGUCCUCGUCUAUUGCACGACGAUGCUACCAUUUUAUCUGACUCCGUCACUAAACUGCCUUGUCGAGAGAUUGUUGAGCUCUAUGUUUCACGGUAUACCUCGUCAUUCCAGAGCCUUGUUUUCCCUGUCAUCAGCAAGUCUAUCUUCACCAAGACAUUAGAUCUUGCUUAUGGACCUCCUGGGGUAUUUGGGUAUGCCAGUGCCAGGGCUUGUGUCUGGUCAUUUCUCUCGCUGGUCGGGAUGUUCGGAUUUGACAUCAACACAUACGGAGCCGUGGAUUGUGGAUCCUAUAUUUCAGAGGCCCGAGGGUUAUUGCCCAGCAUCAUCCACGAGAUGACGGUAGACGGCCUUCAAUCGCUUGUGAUGCUUGUGCAAAUUGAGUACUUUUUGGGCGAUCUCCAAUCGGCUGCAGUUUCCAUAUCGAUUGCGACUCGUCUUCUGUAUAAACUUGGGACUCACACGGCUUCGGCAAAUCCAAAUCAAUCAUUGCAUCCUUCUCACUAUGACAAGUCAAGACUUGAAUGCCACAUGCGGGAUCUUUUCUGGGUGUGCUAUUCUUUUGACAAGGAUAUUUGCCUCAGAAUAGGUCAGCCCCCAUCCAUCAAUGAUUCUGAGUACGAUCUUUCACUUCCUUUAGAGUAUGCUCGAUUGCAAAACCUCAAUAUGCUCAGAGAUAAUAUAGCAUCUGACGAUCGUGUACUUCCACUGUUCCCGUGGGACAUCCGGCUGUCAAUGAUCAAAUCGGAGGCUUAUACCACUCUGUACUCAGCCAAGGCCCACUUCAAAUCAGACUCUGAGGUUCUCGAGAGUAUUCGGCAUCUUGACGCCGCAUUGGAGCAAUGGAGGCUCUCACUUGAACCGGAAAUUCGUCCACUGCUAUGCCAUACUCCGGAUACAUCCGUCAGAACAGGUUUGAACACGCAGCAAGUCAUGCUAUGUCUUGCAUAUUACCACUGUGUGUCUAUAAUUCACCAAGCAAGUGACAGACGCAAUAUCUCAGGACUUUUCCAUGCUGGGAUUGAAUUGGAGGGGAUCAGUUCUAGUGCGACAAUUUCAACCACUGCGAGUCGCUCAACGCUUUCACUUCUUCAAACCACAUUACCCUCAUUGAAAGGCGAAUGCUUUUGGGUUGUGCUCUUUUACAUCUUAACGGCAAACCUAAGUCUCUUUUGCAAAAUUCUCAGAGAUCCUUUGCAACCCGAAAGCUCUCACGACGUAAACAUUUUACAAGAUAUCCCCGCGUUAUUGAACAAAAUCCCCAUUCGAUAUCUCACUCCGGCCGAGAUCAUGCACUUGAAGUUUUUGAACGGAUUUACCGCGGAAUUUGCAAGACUAGCGAUGUGCGCAACGUCCAAAGCUCAAUGA